AACAUUAGGGAUAACAAGUAAUAUUUUAGAAAAAUUAACAUAUUUUUAUUAUUAAAAUAAUGCUAUUUAUAAUAGUCCAAUAAUACAUAAAAGCUUAAAAAAUAAUAAAAUAAUAUGGCAAUAACCAAAAAUAAACUAAGAAACCUAUAUAACAGGUUUAAAAGUUAGAAAUAAUUUAUAUCCUGAUGAAUUUCAUUAAUUUUAUAAAUUUAGGUUCCAUUUAUUCCAUAAGAAGGUAGAAAAGUUAAAUUUUAUAAUUGCGGACCUACAGUUUAUGAUUAUUCCCAUUUAGGACAUGCGAAAAACUUUAUCCAUGUCGACACAAUAAGAAGAAUACUAACAAAUUAUUUCAAUUACAACUUAACUUUUUGCCAAAACAUAACAGAUAUAGAUGAUAAAAUAAUAAAAAGAUCAAUAGAGCAAAAUUAAGAAUUCACAGAUUUUGCGAGAAAAUGGGAAAACCAAUUUUGGAAAGACAUGAAAGGUUUAAAUAUUUAAAAACCAGAUAUUAUUGCUAGAGUAAGUGAAUAUGUUCCUGAAAUUAUUUAAUUUAUAUAAAAAAUUAUUUAAAAUGGAUAUGCUUAUUCAUCUAAUAAUUCAGUUUAUUUUAAUGUUGAGAAAUUCCACAAUUCACCAAAUCAUAUAUAUGCUAAAUUAAAUUCUAAUUCUUAAAAUUAAGAAUAAAUUGAUGACGAUAAUAAUCAGGAUAAAAAAUCAUCUAAAGAUUUUGUUUUAUGGAAAAAAAGUAAAGAAAACGAGCCUAAAUGGGAUAGCCCCUGGGGAUAAGGCCGUCCAGGAUGGCAUAUUGAAUGCUCUUCAAUGGCCAGUAAUUUUUUUGGGGAUAAAAUAGAUAUCCAUAUGGGCGGAUAAGACCUUAAAUUCCCACAUCAUGAUAAUGAAAUUGCAUAAAGUGAAGCCUUUUUUAAUUGUUAAGUCUGUAAUUAAUGGGUGAACUAUUUUUUACAUACCGGACAUUUAAAUAUUGAGGGUUUAAAGAUGUCAAAAAGCUUAAAGAACUUUAUUUCUAUAUAAAAUUUAUUAGAAAAAUACGAAGGAAGAGUUAUAAGGUUAAUGUUUUUGAAAUCUCAAUAUGAUUAAUUAAUGGAUUAUAAUGAGAAAUAGAUAUAAGAAGCUUAAUAUAAAGACAAGAAAUACUGGGAGUUUUUAAGUAAUUUAUAAUGUAUAAUUUGUUAAAAAGAAGAAGAAUUUUGCUAGUUUAAAUUUUUUGAAAAGGAAAAUGAAAUAAAAAAUGAAUUUGAAAAAUGCAAAAAAAAUGUGCAUUUUUUCCUUUAAAAUAAUUUCAAUAUACCUAAAGUUUUAAAAGAAAUUGAAGAUUUAAUUCAAGAAGUGAAUAUUUAUUUAAAAUAAAAACCUUAUAAUAUUCCUUUGUUAGAGUCUAUUUAUAAAUAUGUGAGCUUUAUUUUAGAAUGUUUUGGUAUUUUUUAUUUCUAGUAAUAAUAAAAUGCAUACAAUGAUGAUAAAUUUAUUUAAGUCGUUGAUAUUAUUAAGGAUUUUAGUAGACUAUAUAAGACUAUAAUAAGGCUAAAACUUCCCAGAAAUUAUAAAGGAAAGUGAGAAUAUUGAAGAAAAGUUACUUUAAAUUAUUUAAUAGAAAUAAGAUGUUUAUUAGGUUGCGGUUUAGUUCGUUUAGGAUAUUAAAUAAGCAGCUAUAGUUUAAUAGUUUGGGGAUAUUUUAAAACUUUGU